CCUCCCUUCCCACCCGACCCCCAACCCCCGUCCCCAGUUAGAGCCGCCGCCCGGGAGUCCGGACCGUCGUCUUAGGAGUCGCCGCCGCCACCGCCUCCGCCAUGGAGCUGAUCACCAUCCUCGAGAAGACCGUAUCUCCCGAUCGGCUGGAGCUGGAAGCGGCGCAGAAGUUCCUGGAGCGUGCGGCCGUGGAGAACCUGCCCACGUUCCUUGUGGAACUGUCCAGAGUGCUGGCAAAUCCAGGAAACAGUCAGGUUGCCAGAGUUGCAGCUGGUCUACAAAUCAAGAACUCUUUGACAUCUAAAGAUCCAGAUAUCAGGGCACAAUACCAACAGAGAUGGCUUGCUAUUGAUGCUAAUGCUCGAAGGGAAGUCAAGAAUUAUGUGUUGCAGACUUUGGGCACAGAAACUUAUCGGCCUAGCUCUGCCUCACAGUGUGUGGCUGGUAUAGCUUGUGCAGAGAUCCCAGUGAACCAGUGGCCGGAACUCAUUCCUCAGCUGGUGGCUAAUGUCACAAAUCCCAGUAGCACAGAGCACAUGAAAGAAUCAACAUUGGAAGCUAUUGGUUACAUUUGCCAAGAUAUAGACCCAGAGCAGCUCCAGGAUAAAUCCAAUGAGAUUCUGACUGCCAUAAUCCAGGGGAUGAGGAAAGAAGAGCCUAGUAAUAAUGUGAAACUAGCAGCUACAAAUGCACUCCUGAACUCACUGGAGUUCACCAAAGCGAACUUUGACAAAGAGUCUGAGAGGCACUUUAUUAUGCAAGUGGUCUGUGAAGCCACACAGUGUCCAGAUACGAGGGUACGAGUGGCUGCCUUACAGAACCUGGUGAAGAUAAUGUCAUUGUAUUACCAGUACAUGGAGACGUAUAUGGGUCCUGCUCUUUUUGCAAUCACAAUUGAAGCAAUGAAAAGUGACAUCGAUGAGGUGGCCCUACAAGGGAUAGAAUUCUGGUCCAAUGUUUGUGAUGAGGAAAUGGAUUUGGCCAUAGAAGCUUCAGAGGCAGCAGAACAAGGGCGGCCUCCUGAGCACACCAGCAAGUUUUAUGCCAAAGGAGCACUACAGUACCUGGUUCCAAUCCUCACACAGACACUAACUAAACAGGAUGAAAAUGAUGAUGAUGAUGACUGGAACCCCUGCAAAGCAGCAGGGGUAUGCCUCAUGCUUCUGGCCACCUGUUGUGAAGAUGAUAUUGUCCCACACGUCCUUCCCUUCAUUAAAGAACACAUCAAGAACCCUGAUUGGCGGUACCGGGAUGCAGCAGUGAUGGCUUUUGGUUCUAUCUUAGAAGGACCAGAGCCCAAUCAGCUCAAACCACUAGUUAUACAGGCUAUGCCCACCCUAAUAGAAUUAAUGAAAGACCCCAGUGUAAUUGUUCGGGAUACAGCUGCAUGGACAGUAGGCAGGAUUUGUGAACUGCUCCCUGAAGCUGCCAUCAAUGAUGUCUACCUGACUCCCCUGCUGCAGUGUCUGAUUGAAGGCCUCAGUGCUGAACCCAGAGUGGCUUCAAACGUGUGCUGGGCUUUCUCCAGUCUGUCUGAAGCUGCUUAUGAAGCUGCAGAUGUAGCCGAUGAUCAAGAAGAACCAGCUACCUACUGCUUAUCUUCUUCUUUUGAACUCAUAGUUCAGAAGCUCCUGGAGACCACAGACAGACCAGAUGGACACCAGAAUAAUCUGAGGAGUUCUGCAUAUGAAUCUUUGAUGGAAAUUGUGAAAAACAGUGCCAAGGAUUGUUACCCUGCAGUUCAGAAAACAACUCUGGUCAUCAUGGAACGAUUGCAGCAGGUGCUUCAAAUGGAGUCACAUAUCCAGAGCACGUCAGACCGCAUCCAGUUCAAUGACCUCCAGUCUUUACUCUGUGCAACUCUUCAGAAUGUUCUCCGGAAAGUGCAACAUCAAGAUGCUUUACAGAUCUCUGAUGUGGUCAUGGCCUCCCUGUUAAGAAUGUUCCAAAGCACAGCUGGAUCUGGAGGAGUGCAGGAGGAUGCCCUAAUGGCUGUUGGCACACUGGUAGAAGUAUUGGGUGGUGAAUUCCUAAAGUACAUGGAGGCUUUUAAACCUUUUCUUGGCAUUGGGUUGAAGAACUAUGCUGAGUACCAGGUUUGUUUGGCAGCUGUGGGCUUGGUGGGUGACUUGUGUCGAGCCCUGCAAUCCAACAUCUUGCCUUUCUGUGAUGAGGUGAUGCAGCUGCUGCUGGAGAACUUGGGGAAUGAGAAUGUUCACAGGUCUGUCAAGCCACAGAUUCUGUCAGUAUUUGGUGAUAUUGCCCUUGCAAUUGGUGGGGAGUUUAAAAAAUACCUAGAAGUUGUAUUGAAUACUCUUCAGCAGGCCUCCCAAGCUCAGGUGGACAAGUCAGACUAUGAUAUGGUGGACUAUCUGAAUGAGCUAAGAGAAGGAUGCUUGGAAGCCUAUACCGGCAUUGUCCAGGGAUUGAAGGGAGACCAGGAGAACGUACACCCGGAUGUAAUGCUGGUACAACCCAGGGUAGAAUUUAUUCUGUCUUUCAUUGACCACAUUGCUGGAGACGAAGAUCACACCGAUGGAGUAGUAGCUUGUGCUGCUGGACUGAUAGGAGACUUAUGUACAGCAUUUGGGAAGGAUGUACUGAAAUUAGUAGAAGCUAGACCAAUGAUACAUGAACUGUUAACUGAAGGACGGAGAUCAAAGACUAGCAAAGCAAAAACCCUUGCUACGUGGGCAACAAAAGAACUGAGGAAACUGAAGAAUCAGGCUUGAUCCGUUACCAUUGGGAUGAUAACCUGAGACCCCCACUGGAAAUCUCCAAUCUUUUGAAAAACCCGGAAGUGAGGAGUGUGCACGGAUGCUGAAUGUUUGGGAAUGAGAGGAUGAGUGAGUGAGGCUUGAAAACGCACCACAUUGAAAAUCCUGCCACAGCAGCAGCCGCAGCCACAACAGCAGCGCUGUUAGUGAGCUAAGUAAGCUCUGACUUGGUAGAAAACAAUAUUGGAAAAGAGAAAACAAACCGAUGGAUAUACUUGUUCAAACGAGCUAUCUCUUCCCAGGAGAGGCUAACACUAGCUUUUCUGUCUUUUUGGCCAGUGCCGAGAGGAAUGACUGGUUUGGGAAACUAGAGGGACUGGGUUUAGCUGUGGUGCUGUGUUGAAAAAGGCAGCCUGGCCUUUGCUACUGAUACGAAAGAUGGAGCCUGGGUCUCAAGCCCACCUUUGGUGUACCUUUGCCACACGGUACCGAAUAGGUGUCAGCUAGAAGGAGGGUGAAGGCUUCUUUACAGUCUGAGAAUGAGUGUGUGUGAGUGAGGCGGUAUCCACAUUCUCAACUUCAAGUCAUUACAGUUUCUUUUUCCCAGAAAAAAAAAAAGGGUUAGACAUUGCAUUUCAUAAAACUAACUGAAGUUCUGUCUACUGAUGCAGCACAAGAGAUGUGUUUAAAAAAAAAAAGGAAAGACGCUCUUUAGGUUUUGUUUAUUUUUAAUUAUCUUCUCGGGAAAACACUGACGAAUGGUCAGAGCUCCCAACCUGAUCUUUUCAUCAAGGCGCCUUUCCUAAUAAUAUGGUUCAACUGUGAAUGUAGAUGUGGGGGGUGGGGGUGGGGGUGGGGAAGAAAACUCUGGAGUUAGAGGAUAUAGAGGAAAAAAUACAGUUGUUACAAAUAAAGAAUGCAGAAAUCAAAACAAAGCCACAAAACCCAAAUGAACCAAAAUUUUUAAAUGCUCAAAAUUGGCAGCACAAAAGAGUUGUUCUCUCCUGAUAUGUAUCGUGGCAGUCUGAGCACCCCCAGAAAAUUGUGCCAAAGAAUUUAGAAAACAGCUAUACAAUAAAAUAUAUAUACAUACAUAUACACACACAAACAGCAAACUUCAGGUAACUAUUUUGGAUUGCAAACAAGGAUAAAUUUGUUCAAAAAAAAAAAACCUGAUAAAAUAACCAUUUGGAAACUGCUUGGCCUUCUGUUCUCUUUUAUUUGAUUGACUACAAUGUGGUAUUGGUCUCUUGCUGCACUUCAAAACCAAUUAGCAAAAAAAAAGGAUAUAUAUAUAUAUAUAUAUAUAAUAGGUAUAUAUACACAAAUAUAUGUAUACUAACUAGAAUUCUUACGAUGAUGAAAAAUGGCACUUGAAAAAGGUUAUAUUUUUCCACUGAAGUUAAUUAAUAAAAUGGUGUCAAAAACAUUCCCCUUGGUCACACACUUUAAUAUUUUUUUAAAGUGUGAUGUGCUGUGGUUUCCAUAAAUCAGACUUAAUUAUUUUUCGUAUUAUAAGGAACAGGGCACUCUGAAUUUUGGUUUUAGACUCAGCAAUAAGAAGGGAUGUUGGUGAGCUUUGAUCCCCUUUUGGUUUUACAGCUACUAGGAGUUUUUGCUGGCAUUUUGACCAUGCUACUUUCAAAAACACCAAGGAAGGUUUUUAAUCACUUCCUGGUAUCUCGAAGAUUGAAGAAAUGAGAUUAGAUUCCUAUUUUCAUUUCCAUCUAAGGAAAUGUGGGCUUAUGGUUUUCUCUUUCCUAUUCCCCCUCUUUGUCCAAGCCCUCCAUUCAUAUGUGGGAUUAGCUCAGUUUGCCCAUCCAUAUGGCAGCAUCUCCAAUAGCUCUUGUACAGGGUAUCAGAUAUUGUGCCUUUCAGUGCCAGGUUCAAAGUCAAGUGCCGAUCUAUGAACCAGUGUACAUACACACACACACACACACACACACACACACACACACAGCCAGGUGUUUGAAGGAGAGAUGCUCCAUUGUGAAUAAAUAGCUCCAGUCAGCUCCUUCCUUAGUCUUAAAUUUUAAGAGGUCUGGUCUGGCCUUUUAAAUGCCUUGUUUAAAUUUUAGUUCUGUUCUUUGAGGGAGAGGGUGAUAAUACUAACCAUUCCUGAGAGAGAUGGGCUGGUCAGGGAUUUGGGGGAGGGGCAGGAAUAUUGGGGAGAAAAAAAAAUCUGAUCAUUCCUCAGUGCUACCCAUUUCUGUCCUAUGUGGGCUGCUUAGCUAGACAGCAGGAGAAUAAAGUACAUCAAGAACCAUAAUGAAAACAAAACCUUCCGUGUGUAUUGUCAUGUUUUGUUCCAGGGAAGCAGUUGACAAGUGCUGUUAUUAAUCUCAUUGAGUGAUGCAGAGGAGGAAAAUGGGGUAGUUGGGUUGUGGUCUUGUACACUAUUACUCUGCACUGGCUAUGCAUUUAAUCCUCUUUCCUAGAACCUUUGGUUCUAGUGGGUUUUCCAUAGUCUGGGUAUUUAUUCUUAAUUGAUUGUACCACCUAGACAAUGGGAUGCAAGAUUAUUCUGUUCACUCACUAUUUGGGCCUUCCUCACCCUAGUCUUGGCACAUUCCUACAAGAAUGUUGUUACCGUCUGCUUGGGAAAAUGUCAGUGCAAAUGUGAAGAUAUGGGCAUCAGACUAGGCUUUAGUUUGCCAUACAUGGCAGGUGCCUAUAUCAGUUACAGUUACCUUUAUUAAUUUGGCUUUUCAUUUUUCCCAGCUCCCCUCUGUUGAAAUGUUGAAUUUUGACUGUCAGGCAACUGUUAAUAUUUUGCCUUAGGGACUUGAGAAAGGGAGGGGGAAUUGCUCAGUAUAGUGUUUUCACUUUUAGAACCAGGUAAUCUAGUUAUUCUACUUAAGUGUGUUAGUCCAACUUUAAGAGAAAUCCAAACUCCAUCAGCUUAUGAUAGUAUCUUGGUUUUUGAAACAAUUUCAAUCUGUAAUUGGCAUUCAGAAUGCCUUUGGCAUGCCAGUCUGUGAUGGCAUUAAAGACCUGUUAAAACACUUGAGCCCAACUUUAUUAACAAAAACUGAUACCACCACCUUUAUCUUCUAAAUAAAGUCCGCUUUAUUUUUAUUUUCAA